AUGAAUAACAGCACAAAGAUUGAUUACAGGAUGUCGAACGAAAUAGAUACGCUUCUUGCCACUAAAAAAGAUGCCUUCCACCAUCCAUACACUCCUUAUGCCAUCCAGCUCGAGCUCAUGGAGAAGAUCUACUCAGCGUUGCAAGAUAACUACAAAGUGGGAAUCUUUGAGAGUCCCACAGGUACUGGUAAGACACUAUCGAUCAUUUGUGCUGCCAUGAGCUGGCUAAGAAACCAUAAGAAGUCACAGAUGCUUUCGCAACAGGAUAAUGGUGGCAAUGCUGCCGAUGAUGAUGAUGACGAUGACGAACCAGAUUGGGUGAAAGAGACCUAUUAUAAGAGCCAUCUUGGAGAUACCAAGGGCUUGAUGGAAGAAUACGAAGAACAUCUCACCCAGUUAGACAAAGAGUACCUGGAUAUUUAUACUGGUGAUUAUGAUAGCGAAGAUAAUCAAGGAGAAUUUAGAAACAGCUACGAAGUUGCCGGAUCGACGAAACGGAAAUCUACUGCUGGAAAUCGAAGGCCACGGAAAAAAAUUGCCAUAGAAAUCGAGAAUAAUGACGAAGAUUUUCUUCCUGAUGAUUACAUUGAUGGUAGUGGUAUCGACGCAAACAAAUCAAUGGCCCAACGGAACGCUGAGUUAAACCAGGAAAUCAAAUCGAUGAUUAAAACCAUUGAAACCAAACGAGCUCAGAAUGCCAAACUCGACCGAAUCGAGAAAUUGUUCAGUGAUAGUGAUACCGCCGCGGUUAAGGUGUUCUUUACUUCACGAACCCAUUCUCAACUUUCGCAAUUUGCUGAACAACUUGCAAUGACCAAAUUCCCUUCAUCUAUAGAUAAUAUGAUAGUGAAUGAAAAGAUCAAGUACUUACCUAUGGGCUCCAGAAAACAAUUAUGUAUCAAUUCCAAAGUCUCGAAAUUGGGAAACAACUCUUUAAUUAAUGAGGCGUGUUUAGAUCUUAGAAAGAAAAAAACUAGCGGUAGUCUGGAAAAGGACAAACCUCACGAAGGCUGUCAGUAUUAUCAAAAUUAUCAAGACGAUUUACGAUCCACGGGUCAGUUGAAUAAAAUGGUACGAGAUUUAACUUUUGGGCAAGUGCACGAUAUAGAAGACCUUGCCCAGAUUGGCAGGCGGUUCAAGAUCUGUCCUUAUUACUCGACGGUCAAGCAAUCAUCUGAUUUCUCUGCCAUGUCUGAAGUGGUAUCAUUGCCGUACCAGCUCCUUCUUGAUGCGGAUAUAAGACAGCAAUUGAAUAUUGAUCUCAAGAAUUCAAUUGUUGUCAUUGAUGAAGCACAUAAUUUGAUAGAUACUAUUACUUCGCUUAAUUCCGCUAGCAUGACGUUACGAGAACUACGGUCUUUGGCCGGUAAUUUGCGAGGGUAUUUUGUAAAAUUUAUGAAACGGCUCAAUAGUGGCAACCGGAUAAAUCUUUUAAAACUCACCAAAGUGUUGAACAAGUUGAUUGACUUUGUAAUCAAUUAUGAGAAAAUCCAUAAAAAAAAAAUCAAGAACGGUCUAGAAAUCGACGCCAACGAAAUGUUGAGUGCCGGGGGUGGUGAUUUGAUAAACAUUUACAGUUUGGAAAAGUACUUAAGAGAAUCAAAAGUGGCGUACAAGAUUGAGAAUUACGUAUCAGUGAAAGACCAAGUCCAAGGCAGUAGUAGUAAUCAUACCCCGUUAUUGUUCAAAUUCAUCAAAUUCUUGAAAUUGGUUACCAACCCUUCCAAAGAAGGGAAACUCUUCUUUAAUAUUGAAACCUCAUCGUUGCCACCAUCGGACAAAUUCGAUAACAUUUCUAUGAAUUAUUUGCUUUUGAACCCAGUGGAGAUGUUUAGAGAGGUGGUAGAAAAUAGUAAAUGCGUGCUUCUAUGUGGGGGGACCAUGGAGCCAAUCACUGACUUCACUGACUUUUUAUUUCCUUAUCUAAACUUCGACCGAGAUAUUUUGACGUUUUCUUGUGAACAUAUCGUGCCAAAGGAAAACAUUUCCGUGAUCCCGGUGUUGCAAAGCCAUGGUGGCAUGAAGUAUGACUUUUCAUUUACUAAUAGAAACAACCACUCAAUGAUUGUUCAACUAGGACAAGAUAUUCAGAGUAUCCUUAGUAAUGUGCCACAUGGGAUGGUGAUUUUUUUCCCUAGUUACAAGUACUUGAAUGAAGUUAUCAAGGUGUGGACUGCAGAUAAAGCUUUUUGGAGCCACUUCACUGCCACCAAAAGGGUAUUUUUCGAGCCCAAGGAUAGCGGGGACGUUGAAAAAAUGUUGGACCAGUACCUGGAACAUAUUUCCGGUGAUGUCAAAGGAGAAUCGACCUCCACCACCAACACUGGUGCAGUGCUUCUUUCGGUAGUCGGCGGGAAAGUAUCUGAAGGGAUCAAUUUUUCUAACGAUUUGGCCCGGGCAGUCAUCAUGAUUGGCCUCCCGUACCCAAAUCUUUUCAGUGGGGAAAUCAUCAGUAAGCGAAAAUACCUCGAAGACACGGUGCUUCAACAACCAGGGGGCACUCCCCAGGCUGCCAAAGCGAAAUCGGUGGAGUUUUAUGAAAAUUUGUGCAUGAGGGCGAUUAAUCAGAGCGUGGGGCGGGCAAUUAGAAACAUCAACGAUUACGCCAUGAUUUAUUUAAUUGAUCAACGGUUCGGGAACCGCAAGAUUCAAGAAAAGUUGAGUGGGUGGAUCAACAAGCGGAUCAUUGAUGGAGAAGGAGCAAGGUCGAUAGAUGAGAUCAUGGGUGUCACGAGGGAUUUCUUCAAUUAUCAUAAGAACAGGAAAUUGUCGUGA